UUCACAUUUUACAUGAUGUCGCCGGUAUUACAUCAAAAAUAUCGUUGAAUAUUAUAUUGUUUUGUGGGAUAAAACAAUGUUGUUUCGAAAUGUUGUAAAACCAUCAUUUUUUACAUUACGUCCACGGGCGUUACAUCAAAAUAAAAGUGCGGCAAAGGUUGCAAGUGAAAAAUGCAGUCUCGAAAAAAUAAGAAACAUCGGUAUAUUAGCGCAUAUAGACGCAGGAAAAACAACAACAACAGAGCGAAUGUUAUUUUAUUCUGGAAUUAUAAGGCAAAUGGGGGAAGUUCAUGAUGGUAAUACAGUCACAGAUUUUAUGGAACAGGAAAGAGAGCGUGGAAUUACUAUUUGUUCUGCUGCAGUCACAUUUGACUGGAAAAAUUAUCGAUUUAACUUGAUCGAUACUCCUGGCCAUAUAGACUUCACUAUGGGUGUUGAACAAACUCUUGGAGUACUGGAUGGAGUGGUUGUUGUUCUUGAUGGUAGUGCAGGUGUUGAAGCACAAACUUCAACAGUCUGGCGACAAGCAGAUAGGUAUCAGUUACCUAGGAUAGUGUAUGUAAAUAAAAUGGAUAGAGCUGAUGCAAAUUUUGAUAUGUGCUUGAAAUCUAUUGAAACAAAAUUAGUUGCUCUUACAUUUCCAGUACAACUACCAUACAAAAAUAAGACAGGAUUAGCUGGAAUAAUAGAUGUUAUUAAUCUUCAAAAAUUAGUUUUUGAUCAGCAAACAAAAGGAAGGAUUAUUACAAAAACAAAACUUGAAGAAGAAGACAAUAAGGAGUUAUUGAAAAAAGCUAUAGAAAGUCGUAGGUAUCUAACUGAUAAGUUGUCUGGUGUAGAUGAUGAAUUAGCUAACACUGUCAUUGAACACGAUUCAUUAGACAAAGUGUCUAGUCAAGAUUUAGUUGAUUCAUUAAGAAGGGUUACAUUGUUAAAUAAAGGAGUGCCUGUACUUCUAGGAAGCUCAUACAAAAAUAUUGGAGUUCAAUCUUUAAUGGAUAAUGUAAUUUUGUACUUACCCACUCCAAAUAACAAUCAGUUUGUAAAAAUGUACAAAUGCUUUGGAGAUAAUCUGUCGGCUAGAGUUUUUAAAAUUAUUCAUGAUAAACAAAGAGGACCUAUCUCCUUUUUUCGUGUUUACACAGGUAAUUUUGCAAAGGGCCAAAAACUGUACAAUAUUCAAAGAGGACAGGUUGAACAAAGUCAAAAACUUUAUGCCGCUUAUGCUGAUGAUUAUGAAGAAAUAUCAGAAAUUGGAGAAGGAAAUAUUGCAGCUGUGACCGGUCUCAAACAUACAAUAACUGGUGACUUGUUAACUAAUAAAAUAUCUACUGCUAUUGAAGCUAAAAAAUACAUGGAAAAUAAGACUAACUUUACUCCUGAAGAUAUUGAAAAAUUAUUUUCAAUUGGAACCAACGUGCCAGAUCCAGUAUUUUUCUGUUCUAUUGAACCUCCUUCACUCAAUUAUUUCACUGCAAUGGAAAUAGCUCUACAAGAAUUGGUGAAAGAAGAUCCAAGUUUACGAGUUAAUAAUGAUCCUGAAACUGGUCAAACGAUUUUAGCUGGUAUGGGUGAAUUGCACCUUGAAAUUAUAAAAGAGAGAAUCCACAGUGAAUAUAAAAUUGAUGUGGAUUUAGGAGAGCUACAAAUUGCCUAUAAAGAGACAAUUGAGAAACUCAUGAAAGAUACAUACACAGCACAACAUGAAAUUAAUAAAACAAAACAUGAAGUCUCUAUUACACUGUCGCUCAUUCCAAACUAUAAAGGCAAAGAACAGCUUCUAUUUGAUCACACAAAAGAUAGUGCAGCUAACAUAGCUGGUAUAAAUCCAAAGAAUAUGAUAGCCAUCAAGAAAGGGAUUACUUCUGCUUUUGCCAAUGGACCCAAAUUGGGCUGUCCGAUUGUAAAUGUUGGAGUAAAGUUGCACUGGUUUGAAGUUAAACGAGGAACAUCAGAAUCAAUUAUAAUUGCCAGUGUAUCUCAAUGUAUUAAAAAAUUAAUGGAAGAUUCGGGAUCAAUUCUAUUGGAGCCUAUUAUGAAUAUGGAAAUCGUCGUUCCCGAAGAAAAUUCUUCUCAAGUCUUGGGAGACUUGUUAAGAAGAAGAGCGGAUAUAAAGCAUAUUAACAUUCGAGGUUUGAAUAAAAUCGUUAUAUGCUCGAUUCCAUUGUCAGAACUGCUGGGAUAUUCAACACAACUUCGAAUAUUAUCAUCUGGAACUGCAACGUUCUCGAUGGAAUUCAGUCAUUAUCAACCAAUGAAUACUAUGGAUGAGCAAGCAGCUAUCAAAAGAAUAACUGGUUUCUAAGUCGGAACUAGUACGUGUAAUUUUACUUGUAAAUAUGCCUAACGAUUUAAUAAUUUAUAACGCUUGUAAAUGUAAAUAAAAAUGAC